UAUUUGGACCACUUGCAUGAUGCUGCAGCCCCCCAAUAAAUGUGGCACACCCUGCAUAAAAUUCUUUGAUAAAAACAUUAUCCAAGCUCUGACAAAAGCUGAUAAGAGGAAGCCACGCCAAAGCGGUGAACCUUUUGGCCAUUGUGAGGUAUGUCAUAUGUACAUAAAACAAUAGGAAUGUAUUACCCUGCAUAAAUAUGCAUUUUCUCUUAUUAUGUGAAUGUUUUAUGCAUGUAGCAUCUCUAUUAGUUUUCGUACCAUUCCGAAUAAACUCGUAAUAGACACCAUAUACUUUAUUUUUUCAGUUGGUCCCACAAUUUAUUUAUGAUUAUCUUUCAUGUAUUUAUUUAUAUUACAAAUGUUUUUUAGUUCCGAAGCACUUCUGAAACUUGUUAUUCUGCUGUCCCUAGUGUCCAGUUUCAAUCAGAGGUCAGUUUAUGACAAAACAUACAUGACAUCUAUGUGCAUAAAUAACUUAUGUACAUUACAGAUGUUUUAUGUACUAUUAUAUCCAUAUGUUUCUAACAAUUAAUUAUGACAUAUGCAUUAUCAUUUAUUACAUCACAGCAUAGGGACAGGACAAACAUUUUUGAUGUCCCUCGUCCCGAUCCUUGUGGUCAUCAUACUAUUCAUAUCCAGCUCCCAUUGAUCAAGGAUAUGCUUUCAAGUAAGAUCAAGCAGCUCCAACCACGUGACCGGCCGAAAUUCAUUGAAAAGUUUGUUGAGUACGAUUCUGAAGUUGGCAAAGCGUGUUCCAUCAUAAAAAGUACUCUUACCAAGAUGGUUGUGAAGCAGUAUAAACUAGCGGACACAUUUGCUGAGUUAAUUGUGUCCUUCGCGCGGAGUCUGGUGACCCAGACAAUGCUGCGGAAGCGCCUCAAACAGCUAAACCUCCAGAUAUAUCUCAGCAUAUGUCGUCAGGUUACCUUCCCUCAUUGUCAUUUUUUUCAAUUUAUGUACUUAACUCUAUGCAUUUAUCAGUUAUUGCUGUUUAAAUACUACAACUUUUUAAUUACAGAGGCACACAUCCAUAAGGGUACCCAAAAUACUCAGGACCUGACUAUGCCAUAUUCACAACCGAAUACGGAGUUGACAGGUACCCAGUUUGAGGAAAUACACGAAAAGCAACAACAAAUGUGUCGUGCAUUUGAGGGCUGCCCUGACGAUUUGGAGACGAACACAAACUCAAACGCGGAAAAGCAGGGAGGUGACAUUGAUGCAUCUCAUGACACUCCAACUUACACGGGCCCCCUUUUUUAUCAGACACCUAGUGGUCAUGUUGCAUAUGGUGAGGAAACACAUAGCUUGCACACUACACACGACCACUCUCUGCCACGUUUAACAGAAUUGGACUGUGCUCGGUCGCUACGUGAUUUUUUGUGCUCCUCAAAACCCGACCCAAACAGGAAGAUCAUAGAAUUCGGUGAAUGUAUUGGAAAUUGUCUGGAUAUUCAACAAUCAUUUGCAGACGGGAUGUGUCUGGAUAAUGUGUUCAUGCAGUGUUUCAUCCUGUGUUUUCGCGAUGAAGAAAUAAAUAAUUGCUCGUCCAUCAACAAAAACAGACUUGUACUGGAUGUCAAUGUUGGUACUCUCCUCAAUUUUGAGGAGCAUGAACGCUACAACAAGUCUCCUCAGAUUUUUGAUCAAACUGUCCUUGAUGCUUAUCUGGACAAGACACUGCCCCAGCUGGACAACUUUGUUGACUACAAAACGAUCAUGGUCCCUAUACUUCAUAUGGGACAUUGGACAUUGUAUGUCAUCAAUAUCCAGUUUCUAUGCAUUCACAUUUUAGAUUCAAAUCCAUAUGGUCCGGAGUUGGGUGGUACUACAUGGAAGAUGUUUCAUUACUCCCAAAAGGACAUAGGCUCCAGGAAAUUACCAUGGGCUAGGGUUAUAAUGAACAGAUUGAACAAAUCUUUGCAACAAGUCCGGCCCAAUUCACGCAUCCCUAAAUUUGGAAAUUUCCCAAUUGACAUGCCACCUGUGUGUCCCACCAUGAUAGCUGGAUCUAAUGACUGUGGCUUCUUUGUCAUGAGAUACAUCCAGUACUAUGACUAUAUGGAUGGUUCUAUCAAGCAAUAUAUACAACGAGAAAACUAUGGUGACCUACGAUCUCUGGCUCUAUAUUACCUCACCUUCCAUAACAAGAACAAGUGCCUCCCGUUGCCUCCAGAAAUUCAAAGAUUCAAGUUUGCACGCUAGUAGUGUCGCUGGAUCAACCUUUUGUGAAUCGCAACUGUUUGAUAUGGAACAACCUUUUGUGGCUUCCUUGUUACGGAACAGCAUUUUGUGAAGCCCAACUAUCUGUUGCAUGUCUAUGUAACUGUAUUGAAACUUUCUAUGUUUUUAAACCAAGCUAUCAAGCCACUCAUGUUUAAUGCAGUUCUUAGAUAAAACUUCGACCUAUGUGUAUUAAACAAGUUAUGAAACCACUCUUGUAUAAUGCACUGUUCAGUUCAAACUACGACUAUUCGCUCAUAUUUCUAUCA